CCAUUCUUCAUAACUAUUUCUCUCUUUAGCAUGAUUCAACGCCGUCAAUUCAGAACAACCCACUAUGGAUUUUCAAUUCUCAAUGCUCUACUGCAACUGUCAUCGUAUCAUAAACCUAGUUUCUGCCCUACCACAAAGUGGAAAAACCCAUAUGAAAAUUCAAACCAUAACCCAAUUCAUUGUCAUGGAAAUAAUUUGGAUGGGGUAAAGUCAUCCAACAGGAUGAUCACCGAAUACAUCCGUCAAGGCGAUCUUAAUUUAGCAUAUAAUGUAUUUAAAAACAUGUCAAUUAGGACUACUAUUACGUACAAUUCACUGUUAACAGGAUAUGCCAAAACAGCAGGAAGAGUUCAAGAUGCCCGCCAACUGUUUGAUAAAAUUCCUGAACCAGAUAUUGUGUCUUAUAACACAAUGUUGAAUUGUUACAUGUGUAACUGCGGGAUCAAGGCUGCCCAGGCCUUUUUUGACCAAAUGUUGGUUAGAGAUACGGUGUCUUGGAACACGAUGCUAUCGGGUUUAUGUCAAAAUGGGAUGAUGGAUGAUGCACGUCAACUGUUUGGUGAAAUGCCUGAGAGAAAUAAUGUGUCGUGGAAUGUUAUGAUUUCGGGGUAUGUUGCUACGGGUGAUUUAGUGGUUGCUGAAAAGUUGUUUAGGAAUGCUCCUGUUAAAUGUGUGGUUGCGUGGACUGCUAUGGUUACGGGUUACAUGAAGUCUAGAAAGGUUGAUUUGGCGGAGAAGAUGUUUGACGAAAUGCCUGAGAGAAAUCUUGUGACGUGGAAUACGAUGGUGUCGGGUUAUGUGGAUAAUGGACGAGCGGAAGAUGGUUUGAAACUUUUUAGAACAAUGGUUGAAACCGGGGUUAAGCCCAAUUCAUCGACCAUAAGCAGUGUUUUACUGGGUUGUAGUAAUCUUUGUUCGCUAAAACUAGGUAAGCAAGUGCACCAAUUCAUAAAUAAAUCUCCACUUUCUUUACACACCAUGGUGAAUACGUCUUUAAUCAGUAUGUACAACAAGUGCAGUGACUUGGAGACCGCAUGGAAGUUGUUUCGUGAAACUUUACAUAAAGAUAUCGUCACAUGGAACGCUAUGAUUUCAGGAUAUGCUCAACAUGGUGAAGGCGAAAAAGCUCUUUUGUUAUUCGAUACUAUGAAAAAAGAAGUUAAACCCGAUUGGAUCACUUUCAUAGGAGUUCUAUCAGCUUGCAACCAUGCUGGAUUGGUCAAUCGUGGGAUUCAAUACUUUGAUUCGAUGCAGAGAGACUACAAAAUCGAACCCAAACCCGACCACUUCACUUGUAUGGUUGACCUUCUUGGUCGAGCCGGUAAGCUUGUCGAGGCUUUAAAUUUAAUAAAAGCUAUGCCUUUUAAGCCCAACCCGGCUAUAUACGGGACCCUUUUAGGUGCUUGUAGGGUCCACAAGAAUUUAGAGCUAGCUGAAUACGCAGCUAGAAAUUUGCUUGAGGGUGACCCGUCAAGUGCGGCUGGUUACGUUCAACUCGCUAACGUCUACGCAGCCAUGAGGAAAUGGGACGGUGUAUCUAAAGUUAGAAGAUCAAUGAAAGAGAAUAAAGUCGUUAAAUAUCCGGGGUAUAGUUGGAUUGAAGUAAUGAAUCGUGUGCAUGAGUUUCGAUCAGGUGAUAGAAUCCACCCUGAACUGGUGUUGAUUCAUGAAAAACUGAACGAAUUGGAGACGAAGAUGAAAGUGGCUGGGUAUAUUCCUGUUCUUGAAUUUGCGUUACAUGAUGUCGGUGAUCACCAAAAGGAGAAGUUAUUGUUAUGGCAUAGUGAGAAACUGGCGAUUGCAUAUGGUUUGAUUAAAAUGCCACGAGGGGUUCCGAUUAGGGUUUUCAAGAACUUAAGGGUGUGUGGGGAUUGCCAUGAGGCCACGAAGUUUAUAUCUGCAAUAGAGAAAAGGGAAAUCAUUGUGAGAGAUAAUUCGCGUUUUCAUCAUUUUAAGGAAGGGAAAUGCUCUUGUGGUGAUUAUUGGUGACCUUGAGGUCCAUAAUUGCAGCGAGAUGUUCAUAUACAACUAAGACAAAUGAACCGUCCAAAUCGAAACAAGUCGUCCGGUUUGAGAUCCAAAUGUUCAUAUACUCUGGACAUAUUUCGACCAGUUGUCUUUUAAACUAAUUCUAUGGUUUGACCUGCGUUGACCUGUUAGAGACAAAAUAUAACCCACAUUAGCAAAUGGGUCGAAGUAUACUUUGAAGAACCUAAUUUGACCCUAAAGGUCAACUCAGGAUAAAAUCAAGCCAUUUUCCAAGUGUCCUCUUUUAUAUAAAGACAUGACUUUCUGGAUCAGUUAUUCAUUCACUGAAAACAAUCUUUGCGAAAUUGUCUGAGGCGUUGCCGGUGAUCUUGCUGAGGAGGCACAACUGAUUGACAACCUUACCAUCAAGACCAACCAUUGCUAUAGAAUCACAUAUCACGUUCUCUCACAUAUCAGUGGAAUGUUUGAGAUCAGGUGCAAAGGCAGAUGAAGGUUGAACUAAGAUGAGCUGGUCAUAGAAUGUAUACAAUCAGUCGGUACAAAUCUUGUUAUACACCAGCAAGUCCCUCCUUGCUUUCAUGGCUGUAUUGCAACAAGCCAACAUACCUUAUGAUCCUCGGCGAGAGGUUACUUGUCCCUACCCCUCGAUUAGUGUUUUGAAGAUUCGACUGGGUUCAAUUAUUUUCGAAUUUUGUUAAUGAGAGGUUGUUUAAUAUUGUUAUAAAUUCUAAGAUAGGGAUUAAGUAUGCUUGUUUUCCAAGUAUACAUCAUUAUUAGAGUAGUUGAUACUUGUUUAUACACGUGUAUAGCUGUUUUUAAUACAAAAUCAAUUUUAAGUAGAGAACCAUAUAAUGCA